CUUUUACUCGGCAAGGAGCAGCGACUACGAGAGAGUGUGUUUGAGGUCGACCAUGUUGUUAAGAAGCACAACAAAAGACGAGUGGAUUUAAAGUGAAUUCAGUUCUCUUUUUUUAUAUAAAAAAAAAAAGCGUCGUUCUUGACCUGCUUAAACAGAGCAAUUCAUCCGCAGGGAGAGUAAAGGGUCUGCUAGGAAGACCCCCAAUGUAAAAAAAAUAAAAAAAAAAAAAAAAAAAAAAAAAAAUAACAAAACAAAAAAAAAGACACUUCCGUACACGCUAAAGAAGCAGGAUCGCUGGAGCACUGUGCGGAAACCAUAACGUUUCGGACGUCUCCGUGGAGUGCUGCUUUAUGGGUUUUGAACUGCCAGAGAGACCAUAUUCCUACAGAUAACGUUCAAAACUGGAUGUUGCAUUGAAUCGCCAUAACCAAGGAUUAACUUUUUUUUGUUCUUGGGGACGAUAAUCGUGACACACACUGCACAAGAAAGCCCACCUGAUCCAGUACAUAGAUAUACAGGACUACAGAAAAUUCAGCGGCAGAAAAAAAGCACAAUUUUGAACUUCCCGAAAAGAAGAGAAGCAUUUUUCGCUGUUCUGUCGCAGGACUCGUACUUCCUUCAUCCUGCAGGCGUAUAAUUUUCUAUACUGCGAGCAGGUGUAUUAUAUUUAUGCAUAUAAAUGGUUAUUUCUCUUCAUCUGGAAGAGCUUUUGCGUCAAACCUAUUCCUGUGACGUCAGUGACUCUCGUUUGAGGAGUUGCACUGUCCGUGUAUAUAGAAGUGUAUAUUUGUAAAUGUUAAACAAACUUAAUUGAGAUUAUAUUCUACUAUUUGUAAAUGUUUUAUUAGAACUUUUUAUAGACCAGUUAUAAAAAAAAAACGGGAAAAAAAAACCAUUUAAAAAGACAAAAAAAGUGGUAAAGAAUUAACUGGUGAACUUUUGGUACAAGUCAACAAAGACGACGAGGAGACUUCAUGGCUACUGCAAAGAUGGAGAACGUUGGUCCUGUGGUAAUGGGGCUCGGCAAGCAGAACGGGCAGCUCAGAGGACUGAACUCUCAAUCAGGACCCAAUGUUCAGGGCAAUCCAUUUGCAAGAGUUUCAACUGGAGGCCAAAAACCUGCUGCAGACUCGCAGGAUGGACCUGGAAUCAGGUUUGGUGAAGACUGGAAAAAGAGCCUGCAGCUUCCACCCAAAGAUCACAGAGUGAAAACUUCAGAUGUGACUUCUACAAAGGGCAAUGAGUUUGAAGACUACUGCUUAAAGAGGGAGCUGCUCAUGGGGAUCUUUGAAAUGGGUUGGGAGAAACCUUCCCCAGUCCAGGAGGAAAGCAUCCCCAUUGCGCUGUCUGGCCGUGACAUCCUGGCUCGUGCCAAAAACGGGACAGGAAAGAGUGGCGCGUACCUGAUCCCCAUGCUGGAGAGGAUAGACCUGAAGAAAGACUACAUUCAGGCUAUAGUAAUGGUGCCCACUCGUGAGCUUGCACUACAAGUCAGCCAGAUCAGCAUUGAGCUCAGUAAGCAUCUCGGUGGUGUCAAAGUCAUGGCCACUACCGGCGGUACAAACCUACGAGAUGACAUCAUGCGUCUGGAUGAGACUGUGCAUGUGAUCAUAGCUACACCUGGCAGGAUACUGGACUUGAUGAAGAAGGGUGUAGCAAAAGUGGAUAAAGUUCAGAUUAUGGUAAUGGAUGAGGCUGACAAGCUGCUCUCCCAGGACUUUGUUAUACUCAUUGAGGAUAUCAUCAGCUUCCUAGAUAGAAAACGACAGAUUCUGUUGUAUUCUGCCACCUUUCCCAGCAGUGUGCAGAAAUUCAUGAUGAAGCAUCUGAAGAAGCCCUAUGAGAUUAAUCUGAUGGAAGAACUUACACUGAAGGGCAUCACGCAGUACUACGCAUAUGUUACUGAGAGGCAGAAGGUGCACUGCCUCAACACACUCUUCUCCAGGCUGCAAAUCAAUCAGUCCAUCAUUUUUUGCAACUCGACCCAGAGAGUGGAACUGCUGGCCAAGAAAAUUACCCAACUGGGCUACUCUUGUUUCUACAUCCAUGCCAAGAUGAUGCAGGAGUACCGGAACCGUGUUUUCCACGACUUCCGAAAUGGGUUGUGCAGAAAUCUGGUCUGUACAGAUUUGUUCACGAGAGGUAUCGACAUCCAGGCGGUGAACGUGGUCAUCAACUUCGACUUUCCGAAGACUGCAGAGACGUAUCUGCACCGCAUCGGGCGCUCAGGGAGGUUCGGCCACCUGGGUCUGGCCAUUAACUUGAUCACAGCCGAGGAUCGUUUCAACCUGAAAGCCAUCGAGGACCAGCUGGUGACCGAUAUCAAGCCCAUCCCUGGCAGCAUCGAUAAAAGUUUGUACGUGGCCGAGUUCCACUCGGCAAACGACGAUGCAGAGGAGCAGGAGACACCUGAAGACCCCUAAAGUACCACCAGAACUGGACAAGUCAGUGCCACAACGAAGCUGCAUGGAAAGUGUUGAAUGAAUGGAGGAAUUUAUUUGUUUUUUGCCGUGUGUGUGUGUGUGUGUGAGAGCACAGUCUAAUAUAGGUGAAGUACUUUACAUUUUCAGUUAAGCUGUAUGAAUCUUUGC